UUCCGUGCGUUCAACAUCUCGGUUCGGUUCUUUCGAAUGGUCGGCCCGUAGUGACCCGUCCCUAUACCCGUUUGUCACCGCUGCACCGUCGCCGUUUGUCGUCGUUGCGUUCCGUUGGUGUUUGAAGAGCGGAAAAAGUCUAUACAUAGGAGCCAAUUGGGAUCGGCGCGCCUCAGUUGGGUUUGGACUGUGAUUUGAUCAACAUGGACGAAACGGACUUCUGGACCGUUACGAGACCUAAUGGGCUGAACUGUACACCACCUGCGAUAGAGGACUUCCCGUCAGAUCUGUUCUCGGUGCAACAGAGACAGAACGGGGCCAUAGUGUUACACGCAAUCGCUAGUUUAUAUUUAUUUGUAGCUUUGGCUGUAGUAUGUGAUAAGUAUUUUGUACCUGCCGUCGAAAAAAUAUGCCAUGCGUUAAACAUGUCAAACGACGUGGCCGGAGCGACGUUCAUGGCAGCGGCGACGUCGGCGCCGGAGCUGUUCGUCAACGUGAUUGGAACGUUCAUCACCGAAGGCGACAUCGGCGUUGGCACCAUAGUGGGGUCAGCGGUGUUCAAUAUCCUGGCAGUGGCCGCCUGCUGUGGGAUCGGUGCCGGAAUGGUAGUUCCACUCGAUUGGUGGCCGUUGACGAGAGACUGCCUUGCCUAUGGCAUUACGGUAGCAAUACUGAUCUGCAUUAUCCACGACGAACGGGUCGAGUGGUAUGAGGCACUGAUACUGGUGCUGUUGUAUAUCGUGUACAUUGCUGUGAUGUACUACGACAAAGCGUUUCAGAAAUGUGCCAGAGAUGGAUUGAAGCACGCACGCACACGCAGAUCGCAAGAUGCAUCCUGUAGUAUCAAAUCGGUUUCCAGUAGAGAACAAGAAGCAAUUGAUGUGCAUCUCCCGUUACGUAUAAGCCACUUCCAACAGAAUGGCAAUUUGAAGAACGUUACUCACAUCGAUGCGAGCAAUAAUGAAUUGACGUCAGCGGAUCUGGAGAUGCAAAUUAAGGCGAUCAGUGCCAGUGGGGGAGGAGGAGAUGGACCAGCUCCCGUAGUGGCCCUAGCAGCAGCAACCGUACUCAAUGACCAGCAACAAAUACAGCAACAGCAGCAGCAGCAGCAGCAGCAGCAAACGCAACAGCAAAACAAGCGUCGUCACAGUGCCGGUAGCAUGAAUGGCACCGCCAGCAUAGAUGACGAUGACCAACCACCUCCACCGCCUAGUCCUACGACACCUGAACCGUCGACCGAUAGUGCGGAAUCGAUGAAACACUCACUGAACGGAGAUCGUCCGGAAAAGGACGUCGGUGCGUUGGAUAAUGGUUGCACUGGAGGGGAACCGGGAGAGGCAGCUGACAAGAAGGAAGAGGAAUUUCAACUUUUCAAGUAUCCGUCAGGGCAGAGCAAAUUUCGGCAGUUUUCAUGGAUCAUUACGUGGCCAAUCUAUUUGCUGUUUGUUUUCACCAUUCCAAAUUGCGAAAAACCAAGAUACAAGAAUUGGUUUCCGCUGACGUUCAUCAUGUGCAUUGUCUGGAUUGGAUCACUGUCGUACGUGGUUGCGUGGAUGAUUACGAUUAUCGGCGACACGCUUAAAAUACCCGAUUCGGUUAUGGGAAUCACAUUUUUGGCAGCAGGUACCAGCGUGCCAGAGGCCGUGUCGAGCGUAAUCGUUGCAAAGCAGGGGUACGGCUCGAUGGGAAUUAGUAACUCGAUUGGUUCCAACACUUUCGACAUAUUGCUCUGUUUAGGAUUGCCAUGGUUCAUUAAGGCAGCCUUCUCGCCCAUCCAAGAAGGUCACCAUUGGGUAGGAAUCAAUUCUGCCGGGUUGGAAUACUCGGCCAUCUCGCUGCUGUCGACUUUGCUGAUGCUGUACGUUGCGUUCUGGUUGAACAAGUUCCGGCUAGAUCGGAGAGUUGGAUACGCAUGUCUCAUAAUGUACGCCGUCUUUCUGAUUAUGGCGAGUUUGAUUGAGUUGAAUGUAUUCUUCCCCGUAAACCUCCCGACCUGCGUGCGGUGAGUGAGUUGCAGGAAAAAUUGAGUUAAGUGUCGAUAAAGUGAACGGUUUUUUAUCUAUUAAUCUGGCGCUGGGUGGUGCCCAAUUCGAAGUGAUUUUCGACCUUCCUCGAUGCUGGUGUCUGUCACAUGGUUGUCGCGUGACAAACUCGGUCGGGUGAUAAACGUUGAUAAUUGUUGUUGUUAUUGUUGAUAUUGAUGUUUUUUGGUGCAACUCGAAUUUGGACGACGCCCCGCUGAUUACAGUUAAGAGUGAGUGAGUGUUGAUAAAGAAGAAGACCGAAAAAAUUGGGCGGAGCGAGGCAUCCGUGAAGCAGUAUCUGUAUUUCGAUGCAUGAUCGAAGUAAAAGUAUGAACCAACCAUUAGCUGUAUUUGACUUAAUGCCAAGUGAAAACUCAGCACCGAUACCAAAAAAUAAAGAACAUACCAAAAUAUAAGAA